CGUGUGGGCUUGUGUGGCUAUUUUUAGAGCAGUAAUUUCAUUGCAUUGUGUGAAAAAUCGAGAAGGGUCUGCGCGCAGAUCUCAUUUCUGAGCCCUAAAAUCACAUAUAGCACAAAACGAGCACGAAUUACAGAAAAAAACACAGACGCUCGAGAGGGAACCAGCGUUGCUACGGCAACCAGAUAAAGGCGAGGAGGAUGACGCAAGUGGAGGCUGGACCAUGACGGACUAUGGACGUGGUGGCUAGUUAAGAUGGAGGUUCUCCUGACUCUUUGUGUGGGCCUGGAUUGGUGUCUCUUAUCUCAUCCCAUCUCAGCCAUCCCAGACAGAUGCACGCUGUGUUUCAAACAGAAUGCCAUCUUAUUACAUCUUAUUGCAUAAAUGAAAGCAGAUGCAUGGUGCAGUUAAUUGUCACAGUUAAUAUCUAAUUCACCUUUUCACACUCACUCAGUGAUCACUGUGUGUUCUCUGUGUUUUUCAGUGGAGCUUUUCUUCUCUGACUGAUGCUCAGCCGUCCUUAAGGCAUCAUCAUCAUCAGCACCAGGGGAGAACGAGAGAGAGACAGAUAGAGUGAGAGAGAGAAAGAGGGGAGGGCUUGUCGCUGCAGGCAUUACUGAACACAAUCUGGAGAGAAGAGAAAGAGAGGAGGGGUAGCAGCAAUCUCACAAACAGCAUCACUCUGAAAGAGAGAGAGGUAGAGACCGGCAUUGAGCGGGAGAGGGAGAGGAAGAGGAAGGGAGAAAGAAGCCAACCAGUGAACGAGAGAGAUGUUUUUGUUUUGACUGCUGUUAGUUUGGAGAUUAUUAAAGGGGUAAGGGAGAGAAAAUAGAGAAAAAUAAAGGGAAGUAAAAGAGAAAGGAGAGAGGAAAAGAGGACUAGUAAUCCCCUUGGAAUGCGAGUGUGUCCCCGGCUGGUUGGCACUGUGUGCAGCGUCCGGCGUGUGUGUGACUGUGUGAGUGUGUGUCAGAAACUGGCGGGACGGUUUGGACUGGAAUGUGUCUCAGCUAACCUCAGGAGACUUCAGGGGACAUUUACCUCACCAUGCUGGGGAAGGACUACAUGCUCGCCAUCAUCAUAGUCAAUUACGACGAUGAUAUUUGGAACGAUCAGAGUUUAGCGUUGGACUCGGACCUGCCUCCAGGAUGGCGCACCAUACGGGACAGCACUGGCACCUACUACUGGCAUGUGCCCUCUGGCACCACACAGUGGCAGCACCCAUCAUACAACCCUGAGGAGGAAGAGAAGGGUCUUAAUGGCCUCCCAGCCAACCAGGUCAAAACCGUUGGACCAGAUGGGAGACGAGAGUCCAGAGGCAGACUUACUGAAAUGCCAAUGACCUCACUCAGUGAUGGCGUGUCAUGGCAAGAAGAGUAUUUUUGUGCCAACAUGGACCCAGAUGCCAAGUGUUUUGCUGUGCGCUCGCUUGGCUGGGUAGAGAUUCCUGAAGAAGAACUGGCUCCAGGGAAGAGCAGCCUGGCAGUCAAUAACUGUAUCCAGCAGCUUUCACACAGCAAGGCUGAGGGACGAGACGCUGUGGGCGCCUGGGGAGAGGGUCAAGAUAUGAUGAUGGUUUUGAAGAAGGACACACUCAGCCUUCUGGACCCUAUAGAUCGCAGUCUCAUCCAUUGCCAGCCCAUAAUUAACAUCCGAGUGUGGGGGGUGGGCUGCAACAAUGGCAGGGACUUUGCCUUUGUGGCCAGUGAUAAGGAUGCAUGCAUGCUGAAGUGUCAUGUGUUCCGGUGCAAUGCACCAGCCAAGACCAUCGCCACCGCCCUGCACGAGAUGUGCUCCAAGAUCAUGGCAGAGAAAGCAACAAUGCAUCCAUCUAUGGCACGUUCAGUAACAAUGCAGAGCAUCUCCCCUGAGGAUCUACCUCAUCAAGUCAACUUCUUGGAUGCAGUCAGGCAGAGGGUUCAGAAAUUCGAGGUGGAAUACAUCGGGAACCUGCCUGUCUCCAGAGCGAUGGGGAUGGAGGUACUAAACAGAGCCAUUGAGAGCAUCAUGCACUCCCGAGACAGGGAUGAGUGGGAUCCCAUUGUCAUCCACGUGUCAGACACAGUGCUGUCCCUCUGGAGAGGAGAGGAUGGCGAAGACCCUUUCUGGGAGUGCCAGGUGCGCUACUUGACCUUUCUUGGUGUUGGUCACGACACACAUACUUUUGCAGUGAUUGUGGAUGCUGGCACACAGCGCUUUGAGUGCCACGUCUUCUGGUGCGAACCUGAUGCUGGGAUCAUAUCUGAGGCAGUGCAGGCUGCAUGCAUGGUCCAGUACCAGAAGUGCUUGGUCGCACAGACCCCACCCUUGAGGUCGAAAAUGUGGCGAGCUGGCUCCAAAGUCAAACGCGCCAACUCCAUGGAUGGUGCCACCUUUCCUCCCUACCACCAAGGACACACGACACCCAAAAUGGCCUCCGCUAGCGUAAAGAAGGGCAUGCUGGCGUUUUUCGAGACGUUCAGAAAUAAACCAUCCGUGGUGCCUGCACCCUAGCAACAGGGCUCAGGGGAGGGUAGGGGGAGGGCCUGAUGAGUUGUGGAGAUAGGGGGUGGGUAGCAUGAGUUAGAAGGAGAGAAGGACAGCAUAGGACUAGAAAAGAGACGGACAGAAAUAAAAGGAUGUACACACAGUUACCUGAAACCAGCUUUUGGUUUCAUUUUAUGUUUUUAAAAGACAAACCUCAGCUAUAUAUUUCCAGGACAACCUUAACAGUAUGUGGAAAAAACCCAUCAUACCGGUCUUUCCUACAGGUGUUUGUGCAGAUAUACAUAUCUGUUCACAACAGCAGGUUGGAGGAACAGCUGUAACAGAAGAACAUUGAGGUGCUGUGCUCUCACAUUCCACUCGUGUGCUGAGGAACAACCAACCCAAAUAAGAGUUAUAUUUGUCUUUUUUAAAAUGAUCUAGGACCAGAUUCCUUUAGGCAAAUCCUAAACGUAACUAUAAGAUAGAAACAAAGACAGAGAGACUGAAAUUACAAUCCCAAAUCAGAGAAGGUUUGGCAGUAUGGAAGUAUACAUUUUCUCACUUUCAUUGUGUUGCAGAUAGUAUGAACCCAACACAUUUUAUGGUUUGUAAACUUCACUUAAUUUGUUAAAAUACAUACUUUCCUGCAUUUCAUCCUGGCAACACUAAGUUAAGUAACGCUAAGCUAAGUAAACACAACUGUAAUUCUUAAAAAUAUAUAUAUAUUUUAAAGUCAAACGAGCGCUGAAUGUUAAUCUACACAGUUUUGUCUCCUGAAAACUGUUUAUUUGGGUGAGUAAAGCACUUCUGUUUAUUUACGGUAAGCUUAGAUUAACAGAUUUACACUAAUGCAUUAGCAUUAGUGGCUAACAGCUAGUGCUAGCCCAGGCUAAAUGCUGCCUGACAGCACCACACUGAGGAACCCUGAGUUUUCUAAUAAGACAGGGCGAUAACAGCUAGCCGUUCAUCUCUCAUAGCUUGUUUUACCACAGUAAACAUGCAGGCCAUAGGCUGAUAAUGCUCACCUCUGAGCGGUGAAAGAGCUAGCACUGUGGUUAGCGGCUAAUGCUAAUAUUGCUCCAGCAGUGCUAUCUGGGGUUAGCAGCAGGCUACAGGCCGAUAAUACUUAAUACUUAAUAAUUAGUUUGAACACAAUUCUAUACAAUGACAGGACCUGUUAGAACUUAAAACAGUCUAGAUUGUGUUUUUCAUCUUUGAUGUGGAACUCAUCAGAUCUGGAAUACUGAUUUGUUUGACCAUAACACAUUUCCACUGUGUGAUGGUCCACUCUAGAUACUGCUGAGUCCAGGGAAGUUGAUGCCACUUUUUAACAAACUGGGAAUUAUCUGCCCAUCUUAGCUUCCGAGAUACUGCUUUUGUAUCCUUAUUAAUUUGUUUUACCUUAUUAAUAGUCCUGUAUUGCCCUCAUCACAGAUUAUUCUGAGUGUGUUACAGAUCUGAAAUGCAGGAGGGGAUGUAUAUUAACAAAUGAAAUUAAGUUUAACAGACAAAACAUGAAAAAUCUUGAGUUCGUACUGUCUGCAAUUAAGUCAAAAUAUUUAAACUUUCCAUACAGUCCCACUUGAUUUGGGGUUGAAGAAUAGAAACUGAAAUUAGAUAAGUGUAAGUGAAGUCAUGCACUGAAACUGCUGUACCUUUAUUAAUGUUAUAAGCAUAGCAAAAAUGUUUCUAAGCAUAAUGGAAAAGACAGGAGAACGAGAGAACGACAGGAUAUUGUGCAAUAAUGUUUCCAUCAGAAAUUACUCAAUAUGUGAUGUUUUCUUAAUAUGUAUCAAUGUUAGCUAGACAUAUAGAGAUCUAAUUCUGCUACGGUAAAUGUUUUAGAGGUUAGAGGUUUUCUAUUUAGGCCUCUCUUGUGUUCAAAAAGUGGCUGGUGUUGAAAUAGAGAAAGUUUGGCUUCUGUCAACCUAUUAGCUGUCAUUCUGCAUUUUACAGAGGAUGACGUCCCCCUUUCUGACACCUCAGAGAGCAAAACAGACCAAUCACAUGAAACAUAGCUGAAUAUCCGUUAGCCAAUGAUGCACCCUGUUUAAUGUGAAAAUUUCAACAUUUUCCAGUUCCAACAUGACCAAAUCAAUGAUGUUCUGUUUCUGGAGGAUACUGUGUAUCAAACAUGAUUGUUAUUUUUUUCCUCACAGUUUGCACACGGAUCCUGGAGGGAAAAAAGAUCUCUGCAAAUCCAUUAAAAGACAAAGAGCGCAUCAUUUCCACAUUGAUUCCUUUUGCUAUGUGAUACCCGCAUAUAGGCACAGUCGCAUGAUUUCGUAUGUGCUUGUAAAUGAAUGAAAGGCUUUGCAGUGAGAAACCUUAACACACAAUGAUCGAGCUUUACUCUACCAAUUCUGGCCAUGGAAGAAUCAUAGCUGGCAUGAGUUGAAGCCUUUAUUAAAAACGACUGCAGCUGUGAUAGACACAACAAUCAUAUUUAAAAAACACCAAAAAUCGAAAGCAUUAAAGAUUGAACUACUGUACUGUGCUAUGGCAAAGAAACCUUGACUUUUUCACCUCCACAAACUGAAUGUAUUUAAAAACAAAUGGCUUUUUGAGAGCACUUGACCUUUUUCGCGCAUGUCGAUUUGAGAUGUCACUCGGCCACUUGUACGCCCACACUGGAAUGGCACUAUGGAGAAGUCAUGUGAUGCUACAACUAAUAUAUGCAACUGCUCCUUUCCCUUAAAAAAAAAGAAGAAGUCUUGUGUUAUCUUAUCAAACCAACUCAGGUCUCCUUAAAGCUAAAACGCCAGUGGAAAACAGAGGAAAAACACUUCCAGCAUGUAAGACCUUCGUUGAUUGAGAAGCCUUGUGAAGAGAAUUUUUCAGAGAUACUGUCAUAAACUGGUCAUGUAGCUCUUUAUACUCUCUGUAAAGAAAUCUCCCUCUUAUAUAUUUGCAGUUAUUUAGCAAAGAAAUAGGAUGUCAUGUAUAAUUGAGUUUUUCUUGUUUUUUUUUGCUGUAUUUUUUAAUCGUUAUUGAAAUUAAGUUGAUGAUAGUAUUUUUUUUUCUUUGCACUGAUGUACCAAACUGGAUUCCACUUGUAGUGGUUUGGCUUGGGACAAUAAAACUGCUUGAACCUCU